AUGACUUCGACGACAACAAACAAUACCAACGCUGGAGGAGGAGCUGGUGUAGGCGUCAUCAAUGACAGCAAUGCCUCCAGUGAUAGCAACAGUAAUGGAAAUAGCAAUAUAAAUAGCAUUGAAGCGGAAUAUAACAGUAUUCCUGAUCGUAAUGGUUGGCACCGAUUUUAUCUGGCAUCAACAUUGGUAGACACAAACGCAAACGUUGGGUAUGUUGUUUUAGCCUCUGCCUCUGCUGUCGUUGUCGUUUUCGCCGCUGCUGUUACUGUUACUGUUGGUGCUGCGGCUGCUGCUGCUGCUGCUGCAGCUAGCGCUGCCAAUACAAACAUUUUCGUAAACAACAACUAUAUAAACUACAAACGUUUUUGUCCGUGUUCUCUGCGUUGA